ACGCGCGCGGCGUUGAUGGCGGCCAUCGGCGUCCACCUGGGCGCUACCUGUGCCUGCGCCGCGGUCUACAAGGAUGGCCGCGUGGACGUGGUGGCCAACGACGCCGGGGACCGGGUGACUCCCGCCGUGGUGGCGUUCUCGGAAGGCGAGGAGGUGGUUGGCCUAGCCGCGAAGCAAGGCAGAAUCAGAAACAUUUCGAACACUGUGGUGAAAGUGAAGCAGAUCCUUGGACGAAGCUCUGGUGACCCGCAAGCUGAGAAAUAUAUUACAGAAAGCAAGUGUUCAAUAAUUGAGAAGAAUGGAAAACUUUACUAUGAAAUAGCUAAUAAACUUAUUAAUCCAGAAGAUGUUGCGAAACUUAUUUUCAGUAAAAUGAAAGAAACUGCUCAGUCUGCAUUGGGUUCAGAUGUAAAUGACGUUGUUAUCACUGUACCAUUUGAUUUUGGAGAGAAUCAGAAAAAUGCCCUUGGGGAAGCAGCUGCAGCUGCUGGAUUUAAUGUUAUGAGGUUAGUCCAUGAGCCAUCUGCAGCUCUCCUGGCUUACGGAAUUGGCCAAGAUUCACCCACUGGGAAAAGCAAUGUGUUGGUCUAUAAACUUGGUGGAACAUCGCUCUCUAUCACAGUCAUAGAAGUGAACAGUGGCAUCUACCGUGUUCUUGCUACAAACACAGAUGAUAGCAUAGGUGGAGUUUGCUUCACGGAAGCCUUAGCACAACACUUAGCAUCAGAAUUUCAGAGGUCUUGUAAACAUGAUAUCAGAGGAAAUCCCAGAGCCAUGAUGAAGUUAAUGAACAGCGCUGAUGUUGCAAAGCACUCGUUAUCAACUCUGGGAAGUGCAAAUUGUUUUGUAGAUUCACUGUAUGAUGGCUUGGAUUUUGAUUGUAAUGUAUCCAGGGCCAGGUUUGAACUUAUUUGUUUUCCACUUUUUAGUAAAUGUAUAGAAGCAAUUAAAAAACUCUUACAGCAAGUUGGAUUUACAGCAGAUGAUAUCAAUAAGGUAGUUCUGUGUGGUGGGUCUGCUCGAAUCCCAAAGCUACAGCAGCUGAUCAAAGACAUAUUUCCAACUGUGGAGCUGCUGAACUCUAUUCCUCCAGAUGAAGUAAUUCCCAUUGGUGCAGCCAUAGAGGCAGGAAUCCUACUAGGGAAAGAGAAUCCUUCUUUAGAAGAUGAAGCACUCUUAAUUGAGUGUUCUGCCAAAGAUAUUCUACUUAAGGGAGUAGAUGAGUCAGGGGCUGACAAAUUCACAGUGCUAUUUCCAUCAGGGACACCACUGCCAGCUCGAAGGCAGCACACCUUGCAUGCUCCUGGAAACACUUCUUCUGUAUGCCUUGAACUAUAUGAGUCAUUAGGGAAAAGUUCUUUGAGUGAAGAAGGCAAAUUUGCGCAGAUUGUUCUCCAGGAUUUAGAUAAAAAGGAGGAUGGCCUACAUGAUAUAUUAACUGUCCUCACUAUGAAGAGGGAUGGAUCCUUGCAUGUUACCUGCACUGAUCAAGAUACAGGAAAAUGUGAAAUCAUCACUGUUGAAGUGGCAUCAUAGUCCCAUUUGAAAGGAAGCAUUUUUUCCAAAAUGUUCUUGUUUCUUUUUGGCUUGUCCUCCAAAGGGGUGACUAUUUCUAAGAUAUCUUUAGAUAAAACGUUAAUUUGCUUCCAAUUCUAUUUAGAGUGGAAAAUACAGAAUAUUGAUUUAGAUAUGCAAACAACAGAGCAUCGAAUUAUCAGCAGCACUUUUUAAAAAAAAAAAAAAAAAAAGUCCAGAAGGUAAAUCAUCAGGUCUGUGAUUCAGAAACAUGUACAUUAUAUAAUCUGUAAUACUUUGUCAUUUGAUUUGAAAAAGAUUUUUUUCUGAAGACUAAGACCUGUACCCAUUUGAUCAGUAUAUGUGCAGUUUCAACAAUAAAACUAGAACCAGCAAAACCUAGUCUUGUAAAUAUCCACACUCAAACAAUUGUACAGAAUUGUACUAAAAUCCUGUAUUGUUUUGAAAAGAUUGCCUAGAAUCCUGGAGAUGGUGCCCAUUUGAGCUGGGCUCUUGAGUAGGAUUUUUUUGUGGAACUAUUGUAAGAUGGUUUUGUGAUGCUACUUGAAGAAUGUGUUUAAGGACUAUAUGUGCUUAUUUAUGUUAUUAAUAAAAUACUUUUUUAUACA